AUGGUUGCCGCGACUUUAGCGGUGCUGGCGGCCAUGACCCUGACCACAUGCCAGUACCUCCAUAUUGCCGCAUGCUACGCGAAGUGGGCAACGACCCUCACCGCUGCCAUGGUCUACUUUGGCUAUUCUUUCUACGACAUCAUCAAGAGAGACGCCCUCCGAAACGCAAAUGAGAUGCAGCAGCUGACGAAUACGGUCUCCUUGGGUAACAACGACGUGGAUGCCGCCGUCCGACGGUUGGAACACGAGCGGACCACACAAGCCUACGACCGAUGGAAGCAAGAAGCGCCAGUUCUCUGGCUCCGAUGUCAUUCAUAA